ACCGACUUUGAUCCUAUACUACACAAGUUGGCCUCCACCAACACGUUCGAUUCCGAUUGGCCAACUUUACAACACCAUUUCCGCCUUGCACUACAAGCUACCCUUCCCGUGUUCACCUCUUUAGGUCAGCCUCGUAGUCCUUCUUCACAUCCUCAACCCGGACAUGCGAUCACCGACACACCCAUCACGUCAUCCGACGCCAAAGGUGAUGCGCCUCCUGAGGAAUCUUUACUGCUUUCUCCAUCUCGUCCCACCACCGGUCUCCUUCAAACACAGGGGUCGUUAUCCCAUUCACCUGGUAGUAUGACUCCUUCUCCACCGGAAGAUGCUCCGGUACACCCUUCUCUCAGACCAUCCACCAGGGGCGGAUUAGUCUUACCUCCUUUUCCUCCUUUAGAUCCUAAUCGGCGUCGUGGUGGUAGAAUACAAUCUUCCUACCCUGAAUUACCUUCACGACCGAAUGGGGCAGGUCCAUCAAGACCGAUGGUUCUGUACGUUUAUGAUGAUGAAUGGGAUGAAAAUGUCGUGAUUGGCGGUAAGAAAUUACCGGGUUGGUUGGAAGAAGAAGAUGCCAAAAAGGAAGUGGAUCGUUUACUGCAGAUUUUGGAUGAUUUGGACUAUCCCCCAUUCACUAUCCAGCGGCUGGCUGAGCUUCUCAUUUUUCCUACUGGACAUCAUAACACACUCGGGAAAUAUUUACGAGCGGUGGAGAAAUCCCUCCUUGUCACUACACCAUGGGAACCUCCGUCCUAUACUUACAUUCCCAACGGUACACAAGGUGCAGCUCGGUCUUAUUUCGGUGUCGACUCUGAUUCAGCUUCCGAUUCCGGAUCAGAAGAAUCUACUAUGCCUCCUGGAAGUGGAACCCCCAUGUUUUCACCUAUACCUUUCCUCGCCAUGGAUCAUGACGAACCCUGGUCCGAACAACAUGAAAAUGGAGGAGAUAACAAAUUAGGGGGAUUGAUGUCUCCGUUGAUAUUGGGUGAAAGUCAUAAGAAUGGUAAUGGCAAUUUCAGAUUUGGUGAAGGAUCGAGUAUAGGACCGAGAAGUCCAACACCUGAGCCGGAGGAUAUGGAGUUGAGUACGACGGCCGCAGCGGCGAUAGUCACUGGGUCGGAUAGGACAGGAGGGGCUGGGGAACAUGAUCCGGGACAUCAACCAUAUCUAGGAAGAGUGGAUGAGCUGGAUACUGGACCUUUACCUCCGACUCCCGAGCUGAGAAGAAGUGGGCGUCAUAUAGUAGAGGAACAAGGGACGGGAGAAGGGGGAAAUAUGACCCCACAUGGAAUGAGUGACAAGCCGGUGCCAAUUACGAGUACAACUACGGUGGUUAGUGAACCA